UAUGUAGCUCUUUGAUCUACAUGGGUCUCUAUGCGUCUGUAAUUUACUCAUGAUGUCGAUGUCAGACGACUUGGUUGAGCUGAUAUCAUUUGUAGUGGCCAGGUCAGAGCUUCUGAAAAAGAGCGACGUAGCAGCUCAGUGGGACGUUACCUGGUUAAAAUAAAAUAAUCAUUUAGUUUUCAGCUUAGUAUGUGCCAGUGAGUUGCCCUCCCAACGCUGUUUCUCUCCCCCCUCCACACACACACGCAGGAAUCUCCAUCUGCAAUCAUGCAUCGUGGACUCAUCUUCGUUCAUGAGUAUCAAGAGAAAGCGGUGCCGCUGAAGGCCGUGUCGGUGGAGGCGAGCGUGCAGGGCUUCGUGGCCUCCGUGCGCGCCACGCUCAGCUACCUCAACGCCGAGGCCUUCCCCGUGGAGGCCUCCUUCCUCUUCCCGCUGGACGACGACUCGGCGGUGCACGCGUUCAGCGCCAGCCUCAACGGGCGACACAUUGACGCCGUCAUUAAGGAGAAGGAGAUGGCCAAGGAGGUGUACGACGAUGCGAUGAGCUCUGGCCGCACGGCCUUCCUGCUCUCCGAGGAACGGGGCGACGUGUUCCAGUGCGUGCUGGGCAACUUGGGGGCGGGCGAGGUUGCUGAGCUGCGGGUGGAGUUUGUGAGCGAGUUGCCGGUGGAGCCGGACGGAGCGGUGAGAUUCUGCCUGCCCACGGUCCUCAACCCUCGCUACACGCCGCCAGGCUCAUCAUCAUCAUCAUCAGCGGACUCCGCUCUUCCCUCCGUGCCGUUUGUGAGCUGCUCCCAGCCGCUGCCCUACUCAAUGGCCUUCCGUCUCCAUGCCGAAGCUCCCGGAGGCAUAGCUGCCAUCACCUCGGCCUGCGACCUCGGGCCGGUCUCCUACUCGGGUCCGGGCAACUCCGUGGCUCAGGCAAGGGUGGCUACGUGCCUGCUAGGGGAUGUUAACUACCUCCCCUGGUGCACAAGAGGUCGUGGAUACCAAGUGUCUCUGGGGGAAGGGUUCAAGAUGGACCGUGACGUGGAGCUUUUUGUCCACCCCGUCCAGAAGCACCGCCCCUUCACACUCCUGGAGGCAGGCGACACGACCAAGGGUACGGAGACACAUGGACACACACACAGAGAAGGCACCGGAAUACCUGGUGAGCUGGGCGUGGCGGAACACCAGCCACAGCCUGACAGAAAGCAGAGCCCUGAAGAUGCCGCCUCCACUCUGAUGAGUGACACAGUGGCCAUGCUGAACUUCUUUCUCGGCACGGGAAAGACAAAGUCCGCCAAGGGGGCGCGAGGGAAGACGACCACCCUGGCGAAGGCGUUGACUCAAAAGGGGGAGUUCAUCUUCCUGGUGGACUGCUCCGGCAGCAUGGAAUUCCCCAUGGUCAAUGACGGCAGAGGAGGGAGGGAGACUCGUAUCCACAGCGCCAAGGAGACGCUGAUGUUGCUGCUGAAGAGUCUGCCUCUCGGCUGCUUCUUCAACGUCUACGCAUUCGGAAGCAGCUACAACAGCUUCUUCCCGAAGAGCCGCAAGUAUUCACAGGCGAGCAUGGCGGAGGCGCUGAAGCUCGUCAAGGAGAUGAGCGCCGACUUGAGGGGCACCGAGAUCCUGGAGCCUCUGGAGGCCAUCUACCGCUCGGCGUGCCGGCCGGAACACCCCCGGCAGUUGAUGGUGCUGACCGAUGGGGAAGUGUCCAACACCCGUGAUGUCAUCACCCUGGUGAAGGAGAACGCAAGCAACCAUCGCUGCUUCUCCUUUGGAAUCGGUGACGGUGCCUCCACGGAGCUGAUCAAGGGGAUCGCCGCCAGCGGUGGAGGGACGGCCGAGUUCAUCACCGGCAAGGAGCGUCUGCAGGGCAAGGUGCUGAAGGCCCUGAAGUGCGCCCUCCAGCCCACGCUGACCUCCGUGUCACUCUCUUGGAGCCUCCCACCGGGCCUGUCGGCCGUCGUGGUGCCCGAGGUGCCACGCAGCAUCUUCCUGGGCGAGCGAACCAUCCUCUACGCACAGCUCGCUGGCACCGCUCCGGCUGCCCCAUGGCAGGGCGAGGCAGUGCUCAAGUACUCCCUAAAUGGGGAGUCCGUGGAGAACCGGGUUCCCAUCACCAGCCAGACCGCCAACCCUGACGAGUCCCGGUAUGUAGCCCCCCUCAGUCACCCACUUGUUCACUCACCCACUUAUUCACCCAUCCGAUCGUUCACCCAUCCACUCGUUCACCCACCUGCUGAUUCCACCACCCUGCACUGGCUCGCAGCCAAGGCGAUGAUCCGCCACCUCGUGUCGGGUCCCAACGCCCCCGACUCUACGCCGGCGCCGGGCGAUACGGAGCAGCGGAAUAAGAAUAAUGAGGAGGAGGAGGCCAAGGCUCGCCGGGAGCGAGUGGUGGCGCUGAGCGUGGAGUCGGGCAUCGUGUCCCCCUACACGGCCUUCGUUGGAGUGGACAUCGACUCCCGCCAGCCACUAGGGGCCGCCAUGCAGGAGCGCCCCACCCCACGCCAUCACUUCUUCCGUGGUUCAGUGCCCAUGCACAUGAUGGACUUGAAUUCAUUGGAUACUCCAAGAUCCACUACAACAUGUGCGUACCACAUACACACACACACAGAUGCACACACACACAGACGAUGGGAGUGA